UAGUUAUGCCUGAUUAUACUGUGAAGAGGGGAGUCAUUCUUGGACCUGCUGUAAACAGGUCUAGGUUAGAGUUUUUAUUCAAUGGCAUCUUCCAUUAAUUCUCUGGAAGCGAUUCAGAAAAAAAUAGAUGCUGUUAAACUCUUCCUCUCUGUUUCACUGAGCAUCGCCAAUGCCCACACUGUGGAUUUCUACACUUGCGAUGUAUGGGACCAGUUCAUGGCUGUGCCACCCGUGGAGGUCUUAACAGAGAUCACUUUGAAUGGUGACCACAAGAGGGCGCCAGAACACUACUUAAAUCAUGGCAGUGGUACCACCAAGAAGAUCACCUUUGGUUUCUGUGAUGAUAGUAAGCGCCUGGUGGAUGUAGCUGAGCUCUUGGAGGCUGCCUAUGCCCACUCCCUGCCUGGCCUCGGGGUCUGUGUGGGCCGCACAGAGCUACUGCAAUCCCUCAGACACACUGACAACGCUCAACCCCUGGAGGAAGUUCCAGCUGCUGUGGUGGAGAGUGAUGAGUUUAUGAACUCCAAGAAGUCCCACGAGGUGCAGGCCAUGUCAGAGGUGGUGGCCAGCCUAGCCCAGCGCUGCCGGGUCAAACAGGUGAUUGAUGUGGGCUCGGGGAAAGGUUACCUGUGCUCCUUCCUGUCGCUGCAGUACGGCCUCCAGGUGUACGGCAUCGACUCGUCCAGCGUCAACACGCACGGCGCCCAGGAGAGGAACAGGAAGCUCAAGAAGUACUCCCGGGCCUACCAGAGACAUAGCAAAGCCAAUAGGACUCCGACAGUGAUGCCCCCCUCAGGCCAGGAGGACUUGGAGGAUAUUGCACCCGGUGAGCGAGCGAGAGGGGAUAUGGUUAAGACGAGUGGGGAUGCAGAGAAGGAGGAGGGGAAGGGGAGAAGAGAUGGGGAGGCACAGACCAACACAACAGGGUUAACAGAUCGGAAUGAGGAAGAUGCAAUGACAUCACUUACCUCCGCCAUUUUGUUAGAGGACAAUUCCCUUCCAGAGUCGGACCAAAGUGACCCAGCCUCAGCUCCAGAGGAUCCUUUUCUCAGUGCCCUGUGUGUGGGCAUGGUGGAGCCCACCUCCCCCCGGGUUCCCCCCAGUGAGUUGAGCCUGGAGGAGAGGGAGAGGAGGAAGAGCGAGAACCUGGAGAGGAAGGCCAGGAGCUGGGUUAACAGUGGUGGCAUGGGCAGCGGCAUGCUGUACUCACCUCUGACCUCCUACGUUACCGCGGAGACGGAGCUCAAGGAAAUUAUUGGGGAGUUAGAGGAUGCGGUCAUGGUUGGUCUGCACACGUGUGGAGACCUGGCGCCCAGCACCCUGCGCAUGUUUGUGGCCAAACGGGAGCUCCUCUCCGUCUGCAGCGUUGGCUGCUGCUACCACCUUCUCUCUGAGGAGUUUGAUCCCACCAGACAAGAGUGUCCAAGCAGCAGCGUGUGUGGUUUCCCCCUGAGUGGCUACCUGAGGGAGCAGUCCUGGUUCUGUGGCAGAAAUGCCAGGAUGUCGGCGUGUCUGGCUUUGGAGAGAGUUGCCAAGGGCCAAGGGAUUCAGAUGGAGUCACUCUUCUAUAGGGCCGUCCUCCAUGUGAUUCUAAGGGAUCACUACAGCUCCUUUAAAAGCGAGAAGCGUGUGGGGAAUGUCUACUCCAAGGCCACCUCGUUCGUGGACUAUGUCUGGAGAGCCCUCCGGAGGCUGGAGCUGGAUGAGUCAAAGCUCUCUGACAGUGUCAUACAGGGUUACCACGACACAUACCGACCCAGGAUGGUUGAGAUGGAGGCCUUUAACAUGCUGAAGGUGACUUUGGCUCCCUGCAUCGAGGGUCUGAUUCUCCUGGACCGCCUCUGCUACCUGAAAGAGCAGGAAGACGUGGCGUUCUCCACUCUGGUGCAGCUCUUUGAUCCUCUGUUGUCGCCGCGCUGUUACGGAGUUGUCGGAGUGAAGGUACCUGGGACGGAGUGAAGGCAUCUGGGACGGAGUGAAGGCAUCUGGGACGGAGUGAAGGCAUCUGGG